UGAAAUAGCCGUCGUAGAUCCUCCUCUUUCAUUGAUGAAAUUUAAGUUCGUGUGAUUUUACCUUUUCCGGGAGUCUCCAGUUGGCCCCGGUUUGUGUCAGGAGCGCAGUGUAGAUAGGAGUUCCAAGCGGACUCACACUAAGUUCCUGUCUUUUUGGAAGUGGAGGAGGUUUUCCUGUUUGUUGGUUUUUUUGUUUUGUUUUUUGAGGCAGUUUUAAUAGCUUUGAAUAAAUACUCCCUUAAGUGACUAAAUAUAGGAAGGGGAGAAAGAACACGUCGGUUGUUAAAGCAGGGGAGGAAGACAGAAGACCUGCCCUAUAGCGUGGCUCCUCUAGAAAUUAAUAUAUAUAUACACACAUCAGAGUAUUUUAAUAAAUCCCUAAAAUGUCGAGAUACGUACAAGAUCUUAGCAAAGCCAUGUCUCAAGAUGGCGCUUCUCAGUUUCAAGAAGUCAUUCGACAAGAGCUAGAAUUAUCUGUGAAGAAGGAACUAGAAAAAAUACUUACUACAGCACCAUCACGUGAGUUUGAGCACACUAAAAAAGACCUUGAUGGAUUUCGGAAGCUAUUUCAUAGAUUUCUGCAAGAAAAGGGACCUUCUGUGGAUUGGGGAAAAAUCCAGAGACCUCCAGAAGAUUCGAUUCAACCCUAUGAAAAGAUAAAGGCCAGAGGCUUACCUGAUAAUAUAUCUUCCGUGCUGAACAAGCUGGUGGUGGUGAAACUCAAUGGAGGUUUGGGAACCAGCAUGGGCUGCAAAGGCCCGAAAAGUCUGAUUGGUGUGAGGAAUGAGAAUACCUUUUUGGAUCUGACCGUUCAGCAAAUUGAACAUUUGAACAAAACCUACAAUACAGAUGUUCCUCUUGUUCUAAUGAACUCUUUUAACACGGAUGAAGAUACAAAAAAAAUACUACAGAAGUACAAUCACUGUCGUGUGAAAAUCUACACUUUUAAUCAAAGCAGGUACCCGAGGAUUAAUAAAGAAUCUUUACUGCCUGUAGCAAAGGAUGUCUCAUACUCAGGGGAAAAUACAGAAGCUUGGUACCCUCCAGGUCAUGGUGAUAUAUACGCCAGUUUCUACAACUCUGGUUUGCUCGACACCCUUAUAGGAGAAGGCAAAGAGUAUAUUUUUGUGUCUAACAUAGAUAAUCUGGGUGCCACCGUGGAUCUUUAUAUUCUUAAUCAUCUAAUGAACCCACCCAAUGGAAAACCCUGUGAAUUUGUCAUGGAAGUCACAAAUAAAACACGUGCAGAUGUAAAGGGUGGGACACUCACCCAGUAUGAAGGCAAACUGAGACUGGUGGAAAUCGCUCAAGUGCCAAAAGCACAUGUUGACGAGUUCAAGUCUGUAUCAAAAUUCAAAAUAUUUAACACAAACAACCUAUGGAUCUCUCUUGCAGCAGUUAAAAGACUGCAGGAGCAAAAUGCUAUUGAUAUGGAGAUCAUUGUGAAUCCAAAGACCUUGGAUGGAGGCCUGAAUGUCAUUCAGUUAGAAACUGCAGUAGGCGCUGCCAUUAAAAGUUUUGAGAACUCUCUAGGUAUUAAUGUUCCUAGGAGCCGCUUUCUACCUGUCAAAACCACAUCAGAUCUCUUGCUUGUGAUGUCAAACCUCUAUAGCCUUAAUGCAGGAUCUUUGACAAUGAGUGAAAAGCGGGAAUUUCCUACAGUACCCUUGGUUAAAUUAGGCAGUUCUUUUACAAAGGUUCAGGAUUAUCUAAGGAGAUUUGAAAGUAUACCAGAUAUGCUUGAAUUGGAUCACCUCACAGUUUCAGGAGAUGUGACAUUUGGCAAGAAUGUUUCACUAAAGGGAACAGUUAUCAUCAUCGCAAAUCAUGGUGACCGAAUCGACAUCCCACCUGGAGCAGUAUUAGAGAACAAGAUUGUAUCAGGGAACCUUCGUAUCUUGGACCACUGAAAUGAAAAAUACUGUGUACACUUCAUACUAAUUAUGGGCUAAACAGUUUCUUACAAUGAAAUGUUCUCUAGGAUUCUAAAAUCGGCAGGUACUUUACUAUGUUACUGUACCCUGAGGUGUUAAUUUUUAAAGUAGUUUUUUUUUUUUUGCAAUAUGCUUAGUCGAAGAAAAGCACAGAUGGAAGCAAUAUUUUUCUUCUUUGAAGAGGACCCUGAAAGUUCAUCUUAAAGUGCAAUACUGUUUAAUCUUAAAACUGGGGCAGCUCUGCUGGAACAUCUUUUAACAGUGGCCUCAGUGAUGGUCACUUUGAAUUGCUUGUGAUUUCAAAAAUAAAGCUGUGAGGCAAUCCAUGUGCACACGUA